AUGGCUGAGGCUUGUCAGAUUGCUCGAAAACAAGAUUUGCCUCCUCCGGGAGGCUACAAACCAAUACCCUUUAAAAGGUUACCCGCGAAACAAUACUUCAGCGGGUAUACUAUGUUCGCUGGUUAUAUCGGGAUAACUGCAUUUGCCUUAUACCUUUACAACAUAACAAAUAAGAAUAUUCGCAAGAAUGAGAUUGAAAUGCGGUCUGCCAAGAUGGCUAUAUACCCAAUGUUGCUGGCUGAAAGAGAUAGGGAAUACCUAAAGCAGCUCCGUAGAAACCGUGACGCGGAAACGGAACUUAUGCGUGAUGUGCCUGGAUGGGAGGUGGGAACCUACUAUGGUGAACGUGUUUACAAAAAUGUGCCUCCAGACACAUUGGUGGAACCAAUCUUCCAUGAAUACUAUGCCCACAGCUCCCCAUAUGAAUGGUUCAAGAGGGCUUAUAUUAAGCUGCGUUCU